AUGACGCUGUACUAUUCGAUUGUGUUUGCCCUCCUGAUCCUGGAGAUGGCCAUGUUCAUGCUCUUGAUUGUGCCUCUGCCUUUCUCGGCGCGUCGUAAGCUGUUCCGUUUCCUUGCCACCAGUGAGAUUGUUGGCCAGAUUAAUUACUGCAUCCGUAUCACCUUUAUUUUCGUCGCUGUGCUGUUCAUCGAUGCGUUCCAGCGCAUGAUGAAGGUCUCGCAAGAGUUUAAGGUCGCUGAGGGUCGGGAAGGUUUCCAGGACUUCCGCACGGAGACCAACUACCAUGCCAAGAAGUUCUAUGCGCAGCGCAACGUGUAUCUUACAGGCUUUACGCUGUUCCUUAGCUUGAUCCUUGCGCGCACGCACUCGCUUGUGCUGGACCUGAUCAACACGCAAGAAGAGCUCGUUGCGAACAGCCCCACCAAGGCGGUCUCGGGCGACGUGAAGAAGUACCAGACAGAGAUUGAGACGAUGAAGAAGCAGAUGCAGCAGCAGCAGACGGAGUACAACCGUCUUUCGGACGAGCUGGCUAAGGCUCAGUCCAACGUCUCGGACAAGAAGAGCGACUAA